UGUUAGUAGCACUACUACUAGGCCGGCUACCACGGAGAGGCGUACCUUUUCGCCUACUCUUUCCAGCAUUGAGCCAGCUGGCUCUUUUCUCGCCCGCCCUCCAGCCUAGUGCUUGGGAUCGAUUUCGGAGAGAAAUUCUAGUUCCCGGUGUGUAAAGCUUUCUUGGCUUGAAUGUUGAGAUGGCACUCUUGUUUUCAUUCUGCUAAAUUCCCUGUGCAUCUGGUAAUAAAGCUCACCAUGGCACGAAAGGACACUGCACCUCUGCCGACUCUGAAGCUAUUGUUGAUUGGAGACAGCGCAGUGGGGAAAUCCAGCCUUUUGCUGAGAUUUGCUGAAGACACAUUUGAGCCAUACCUCAGUCCAACUAUUGGUGUUGAUUUUAAAGUGAAGAAGAUGGUGGUUAGGAAUUUCCCCCUUCAGCUAGCAAUAUGGGACACAGCAGGGCAGGAAAGAUUUCGAACAUUGACUCCAAGCUAUUAUCGAGGUGCUCAAGGUAUAAUUUUAGUUUAUGAUGUUACCAGAAGAGAGACAUUUCUGGGCCUGGAAAGUUGGCUACAGGAGCUAGAGAUCUAUACCAAGAAAAAUGUUGUGAAGAUGCUUGUGGGCAACAAAAUUGAUGAGACCAAUCGUGAAGUAGAAAAAAGAGAAGGAUUGCUAUUUGCACAGAAACACUCCAUGCUCUUUAUAGAAGCCAGUGCUAAAAUGAAGGCUGGAGUGCAAAGUGCCUUUGAGGAAGUCGUCAUGAGGAUCCUGCAAACUCCAGAGCUUUGGAACAUCAGAAGAGAGGGAGUGAAGUUGGCAGAAAGCAGAUCCUUCAGAGAAGCAGAUGCCUGCAAUUCCUACUGUUCUGUUGCUUAACACCUUAUGUGUUCAAAUAAAAAAGACCCAGGCCAAAGAUUCUAAGAAAUGGGCUCUCAUCCCUGGUAUCACAUUAAUCCUUCUCAUAUUCGGUCAGGAAAACAACAUCUUGGGUGGACAACCUAGAGUGGGCAAGAGCAACAACAAGCUGGAUGAUUAUAAAAAUAAAGAACUAGGAUUUUUCAUUGCCCUCCUCCUUUAGCCCCAGUCAUUGGGAGUUUUCAGAUUAUACCCAUUUAUAAGAAUAUUAUUAGAGAUAACUACAAUUUUCACAUGAUUCUCAAUUAAAAAGGGCAGGAAACUGCAGCAUGAAGUUGCAAGUCAGGAAACCAUUUAACAGCCAAAGAACAGUCAAGGAAAUUCUGAAAGCUACCAAAUGAGAUUUGCAACCCACAUGUGCCCCUGG